AUGGCUCAAUUUUCGAACAAAGCAGAAAAAUUAUCGCUCGGUGACGAUUAUGAUCUAUCGAAACCUAUUGAUUCUGCCUCGGGUCUCCGUCAGGGGCUGACAUCUUACGGCGACGCCCAUUUUUCACUUUUCCUACGCAAGGUCUUCAUCAAGGCACUCGGAUAUAGUGAAGAUGCCCUUUCUAGGCCCAUUAUUGGCAUUAUCAACACCUACUCUGCUCUCAAUCCGUGUCAUGCAAACGUCCCACAACUCAUUGAGGCAGUCAAACGAGGUGUCCAGCUCAAUGGCGGUCUUGCUGUAGACUUUCCCACUAUUUCUGUACACGAGUCAUUCUCUUCUCCCACCAGCAUGUUUCUCAGAAAUCUCAUGAGUAUGGAUACUGAGGAAAUGAUUAAAGCGCAGCCAUUAGAUGCCUGUAUUAUGAUUGGAGGCUGUGACAAGACAGUCCCUGCUCAGUUAAUGGGUGGGAUAUCAGCAAACAAGCCAGUUUUACCUUUGGUGACCGGACCUAUGAUGCCGGGGAGUUACAAAGGCAAGCGUCUUGGGGCGUGCACUGAUUGCCGGAACAAUUGGGCUGCUUACAGAGCUGGCACCAUUGAUAUGGAAGAUAUUAGCAUGCUCAACGAAGAAUUAGCACCAACUGCUGGAACUUGUGGUGUAAUGGGAACAGCAAGCACGAUGGCCUGUAUCACAGCGGCGCUGGGCUUCAUGCCACUUCGCGGUGCUUCAGCACCAGCAGUGUCAUCAACUCGCCUCAGGAUCGCGGAAGAGACGGGAGCAAACGCAGUAGCAGCUGCAGUCUCCAGGCGCACUCCGCAAGAAAUGCUCUCGAAGGAGUCCUUUCUCAACGCUAUUACUGUCCUCCAAGCUAUUGGAGGUUCGACAAACGCUGUGGUGCAUCUCAUGGCAAUCGUGAACAGGCACCCCAAGCUCCACGGCGAAAUUACUUUAGAGACCUUUGACGAAAUAGGAAGGAAGGUUCCUCUACUGAUCGAUUUAAAGCCUAGUGGAGAUAACUAUAUGACCGAUUUUCAUAAUGCGGGUGGCAUGCUCGGCCUACUGCAUACCUUACGGCCCUUGCUUCAUCUUUCAGCAAUGACAAUUACUGGCAAAACUUUAGGAGAAGUGCUUGAUGCCUCACCCUUCAGUACUUUCCCAUUCUCUUCUGAGAUUAUCCGUCCACUGUCAAACCCUCUCUACCCCUGCUCAUCAUUAGUUAUCCUCCGUGGAAAUCUCGCGCUAAAAGGAGCAGUCAUGAAGGCAUCCGCAUCGAAAGACCGGCGCCUUCUCCAACAUUCCGGUCCUGCCGUUGUUUUCAAGAAUUCUGCUGAUCUAGCAAAACGCAUUGAUGAUCCAAACCUCUUGGUUACUAAAGAUUCCGUCCUAGUUCUCCAAGGGAUUGGACCAAUUGGUAACCCGGGUAUGCCGGAAGCAGGACUUAUCCCAAUACCGAGGAAACUGGCGGCAGCGGGUGUAUCAGAUAUGUUGCGUCUUUCUGAUGGGAGGAUGUCAGGGACGGCAGGAGGGACUAUUGUGCUUCAUAUCUCACCCGAGUCAGUGAUUCCCACGUCGGUUUUGGGGGUGGUGAGGGACGGGGAUAUUAUUACAUGCGACAUUGGCAAACGACUUCUAAAACUCGAGGUUGAUGAGGAAGAGAUCGCACAAAGAAUUGCCGAAAGGCAGAUACUUGUUGAAUUGGAAAAAAAGACGAGCGGAGAGACAGGAGUAUGGAAAGAACGGGAGUUUAGACGCGGAUAUCGGGGAUUAUAUGAGCGCUGUGUAAAUCAGGCCGAGAAAGGAGCCGACUUUGACUUCUUGACCGCUGCUGGUCCAGCACGUACAGAUUACAUGGAGUAA